AUGCCCUCGCCUACGGACGAUGAGACGCCGUUCCCUGCUCUAAGCCACGCCGCGACCUUCAGCGUCUUUGGACGCUCGCAUCUCUCCCCGCAAGACGCACACCUCUCGCCGCCGCGAAGGGCACGCGAUUUCGAUGGCGACGGCACCUCUGAGAUGAGGCGGCUAGGCGGCUACUCUGAGAGGAGCCGCAGUCGUCGACGGAAGCGCGCUUGGAAGAAGCUCAUGUGGGUGAAGCAAUCCUGGGCAGUCCCAGACAAUUACACCGACCAAGCAACGUUUCUCGAAAACCUCCAACGCAACCCCCGUCUCAAGCCGUACGACUUUUGGCCGCUCGUCGCCGACUCCACCGUCAUCCUCCAACACGUCUGCUCCGUGACCAUCUUCAUCGUCUGCUUCGUGGGCAUAUACCACGAGCGCGUGUCGCCCGUGUCGGUCGUUAGCUGGAGCAGCUUCGCCACCUUUGUCGGCUGGAUCCUCUGGGAGCGCUGGGUAUCCGAGGAGGAGGACAAGGAGGACGAGGCCAACGCGGCGGCCGCAGCGUCCGCCGCCGCCGAGGGAAGCGCAGCCCCGGCGCCUGUCGUGCGGGCGGGUAGCCGCCUCGGCACCAUCAAGUCGGCGUUGCUCAUCUGGUCCACGCUCUUGGGCCUCAGCCCGAUCCUCAGGUCCCUCACCGAGUCGACCAGCAGCGACAGCAUCUGGGCCAUCUCCUUCUGGCUGCUCGCCAUCAACAUCUUCUUCUUUGACUACUCGGGCGGCGUGGGCGCCAAGUUCCCCGCGUCGCUGUCGACCAAUGCCGCGCUCAUGGCGUCCACCGUGCUUGCCAGCCGCCUGCCCUCCACCGGACAGGUCUUCAGCCUGACGCUGUUCAGCAUCGAGGUGUUUGGGCUGUUCCCCGUAUUUAGACGGCACAUCCGCCACCGCAGCUGGAGAUACCACGUUCUUCAGACGGUGGUUCUCGUCCUGGGCGCCGGUCUGGGCGUGGGCAUGGUUGUGGGCGCCGGUCAGGGCCGGAGAUGGCCGUGGAAGAGCGGCAUCGUCGGCAUGAUCCUGUCCGUCGUGAUUGCCGCGCUGGCCACGGAGAACGGGAAUAGCGUACUGUCUGGUGUCAUUUAUAGCGCAGGGCCGGCUGGGCACACGUUUUCACGAAAUACAUUCAGGGCAGACACCGUCUUCCGCUGGCAUCCCAAGACAAUGAAUGCGUUGCGUGCCCCUUUGGAUUUGACGAUUGCAAGCACGGCGGUGGGCGUUCAAUUGCCGUUGGCGACUGUUUCAACGGUACCGAGCAUUCGCACGUUGCAGCCAAGGUACUUACUUAAUCAUGAGCUUUUCUCGCGCCCGUUUGUGGAGGCGCUGCAUGGCUUUCAGUCGCCUGAAAGACCACAAAAGCCCCUUUGUUUCAUUCAGCAACAUUGA